GUUAGUUGAUGCUGAGAGGAGAUGGUCAGCAGCUGCAACUAGGGAGUGUUUCAAGAUACAAAUUCAAUGCGUUCUCUUCGUCAGCUAUCGUAUAAUUAUGUAUUACACAAAUUGGCUUGUUGGUGUGAAAAAUAGAGCAUGCAUUCGCAAAGCAAACAAAACGCCUAGUAUCGACUGGAAAAGCUUCAUGGACAUAUACAACAAUACAACGUCGUACAAACGAAAUAGAUCUGAGCUCAUUUUAAGCAAGCUUCUUUUGAAAAAAGGUGAGAUAAAUGCUUUGCAAAAUGGCAUUCAAGCCAACAACAUGUUUACAGGAAAAUGCACCACGUUUUAUCAAAUAUAUGUUUUGUUCAUUUGUGCAUUUUUUUGAAAACGUUGAUGAAUUUGGCUCCAUCUCUCUCUGCUCGAGCGACUGAUGAGUGCAAACCUUUUGUAAUAGCAAAAACACAAUUGUUCUACUAUUUGCAGAAUAAAUAUGAAAUGCAUUUGGACGUCCAUAACAGUAAAAGUGUGCAUACAUCAUUGAGUGUGAGUCUAAUGUCAGAAAUAGAUAGCCAGCCAGCCACUGGAACGAGCCAAGUUUCUUGUUUCAAAUCAUCCACCUUUUAGGUCAGAGUUGAGGGUGAGGCGUGCCUGGUUACCAAGGUGACGGCCCAGCUAACACGGCUAGCUAGUAGUAGAGAUAAAAAAUGUCCUCCUUAGCCUAGGCUAGAGAGCAGCAAGGCGUAUUUUUACCCCAGCCUUUCAAUCUUGGAGCUAGAUUAUUUAGUUAGCUAGCAUGCUUGCCACAACAACACCACAGAUAGAACAAUGAGAUUAGUUAUAUACAUAUUUGACAACACUGUGCCAUGAAAAGAACGCAAUGUGUUAUUUAAAUAUAGGACUAGCUAGUAUGGAUAAUUUACUUCUAUGCAGUGAACACUUGAAGAAUGGAUAGUAAGUUGAUCGAAUUGCUUGCCUGUACUAACGGUAGGUUGUGCCUGUAACCGAAAGGUCGCUGGUUCUAAUCCCCGAGCCGACUAGGUGAAAAAUCUGUCGAUGUGCCCUUGAGCAAGGCACUUAACCCUAAUUGCUCCUGGAAGUCGCUCUGGAUGAGAGCGUCUGCUAAAUGACUAAAAUGUAAAUGUAAAAUGUACUAGUAGCUAACGUUAGCUAGCUAGCUACUAACGUUAGGAAGCUAGUACAGUAAGCUAGCGUUGGCUAGAUACAGCUACUGUAGAUAGAGAGCUGCAUGUGUUUUCUCAACUAUUUUGUUGUUAUGCAGAUUACAAGAUAAUCAAGAAAAUUGGAGAAGGGACAUUUUCAGAAGUGGUGAAGGCUCAAAGCCUGAAAGAUGGGAAAUAUUAUGCGUGUAAAACGAUGAAGCAGUCACUCAGCAGGUAAUUAUCAUGUGUGCUGCCCAUAAGUAUAUAAUGGUACUGCCUGCUGCUUGCCUUCAGGUGCAUGACAUCCUCUUUGUACGUGGACCCUUGCCUUGAAACUUGAGCCAGCAGCAUGACACCCCUACCUAUCCUACUGGGUGUCAACCAAUGAUGUGUAUAUUGGUUUCAACAUACCCUGACCAAGUGAGGUUGAGGUCAGCAAGGGACAAUGUUGCUUUAAGUUUUGUGCACAUAUUUUUUAAAGCCUGUAUCUUUGAAAAUAAGUCAUGAGACAUGUUCUCUACAAUAGACAGAUACAGUUACACAUAAUAACGUGUUUUGUUUCUUGUUGCUCAGCCUUGAACAGGCCAACAACCUGCGAGAAGUCCAGGCCAUGAAAAAACUGAACCCUCACCCCAACAUCAUUCAGCUGCAUGAAUUGAUAUUGUGAGUACAAUGUUUGUCACAGUCUUUUUCAUUGUAUGUGUGAAGCCUGAACUGAAUAAUAACAUGAUAAUUUUGUCUGAUUCAUUCGAUGUGUUACAGUGACAAAGAAUCAGGGACCCUGUCCUUGGUAUGUGAGCUGAUGGAGAUGAACAUCUAUGAGUACAUACGAGGUCAGACACACAGGAAAACUGCUACUGUGAAUGACAUGAAACUUUUACCACAACUGUAACUACAGUACAUCAAAGACUAUUUCACAUUCCGUUAUCUUGUGUAUUGCUAACUUGUCUCACUUGCAGGGAGGCAACAACCUUUGCCAGAAAGUAAAAUCAGACUCUACAUGUAUCAACUUUGCAAGUCACUCGAUCACAUGCAUAGGUAAGAAUGAAAAUAUGGAUGGGAGCUUGUCCAUGAAAGAAUACUUUUGCAUUUACAUUUACGUCAUUUAGCAGACGCUCUUAUCCAGAGCGACUUACAAAUUGGUGCAUUCACCUUAUAGCCAGUGGGAUAACCAUUUUACAAUAUGUUUUUUUUCUUUCUUUGGGGUGGGGUAAGGGGGGGUAGAAGGAUUACUUUAUCCUAUCCCAGGUAUUCCUUAAAGAGGUGGGGUUUCAAGUGUCUCCGGAAGGUGGUGAGUGACUCCGCUGUCCUGGCGUCGUGAGGGAGCUUGUUGCACCAUUGAGGUGCCAGAGCAGCGAACAGUUUUGACUGGGCUGAGCGGGAACUGUGCUUCCGCAGAGGUAGGGGGGCCAGCAGGCCAGAGGUGGAUGAACGCAAUGCCCUCGUUUGGGUGUAGGGACUGAUCAGAGCCUGAAGGUACGGAGGUGCCGUUCCCCUCACAGCUCCGUAGGCAAGCACCAUGGUCUUGUAGCAGAUGCGAGCUUCAACUGGAAGCCAGUGGAGUGUGCGGAGGAGCGGGUUGACGUGAGAGAACUUGGGAAGGUUGAACACCAGAUGGGCUGCGGCAUUCUGGAUGAGUUGUAGGGGUUUAGUGGCACAGGCAGGCAGCCCAGCCAACAGCGAGUUGCAGUAAUCCAGACGGGAGAUGACAAGUGCCUGGAUUAGGACCUGUGCCGCUUCCUGUGUAAGGCAGGGUCGUACUCUCCGAAUGUUGUAGAGCAGGAACCUACAGGAUCGGGUCACCGCCUUGAUGUUAGCGGAGAACGACAGGGUGUUGUCCAGAGUCACGCCAAGGCUCUUCGCACUCUGGGAGGAGGACACAACGGAGUUGUCAACGGUGAUGGCGAGAUCAUGGAACGGGCAGUCCUUCCCCGGGAGGAAGAGCAGCUCCGUCUUGCCGAGGUUCAGCUUGAGGUGGUGAUCCGUCAUCCACACUGAUAUGUCUGCCAGACAUGCAGAGAUGCGAUUCGCCACCUGGUUAUCAGAAGGGGGAAAGGAGAAGAUUAGUUGUGUGUCGUCUGCGUAGCAAUGAUAGGAGAGGCCAUGUGAGGAUAUGACAGAGCCAAGUGACUUGGUGUAUAGCGAGAAUAGGAGAGGGCCUAGAACUGAGCCUUGGGGGACACCAGUGGUGAGAGCACGUGGUGCGGAGACAGAUUCUCGCCACGCCACUUGGUAGGAGCGACCGGUCAGGUAGGACGCAAUCCAAGAGUGAGCCGCGCCGGAGAUGCCCAACUCGGAGAGGGUGGUGAGGGGGAUCUGAUGGUUCAUAGUACAUAAUCAAAGGCAGCAGACAGGUCUAGAAGGACAAGAGCAGAGGAGAGAGAGUUAGCUUUAGCAGUACGGAGAGCCUCCGUGACACAGAGAAGAGCAGUCUCAGUUGAAUGACCAGUCUUGAAACCUGACUGGUUUGGAUCAAGAAGGUCAUUCUGAGAGAGAUAGCAAGAGAGUAGGCUAAAUACGGCACGCUCAAGAGUUUCAGUUUACAUUUCUUACAGACAUUUCACUGUUGCGUGGCAUAGGCUACAGGGGGGUUAAGGGUAAUUGUUUUGCUUCCCCUAAAAGUUACAGUUUUACUCUUUUGUUAUUUUCGUACAGCAAUGGGAUCUUCCACCGUGAUGUUAAGCCAGAGAACAUUCUAAUCAAAGUAAGUAAAAAAAACCUGAUGAUGCUGAAAACCUUGCCUGCUGAUUUGUAAAUAAGAACUGUUACUGUUUCAUUAUUUCCCAUAUGUUACCAAUGACUUGGUUGGUUGCUUCCAUAGCACGAUGUGCUCAAACUAGGAGACUUUGGCUCGUGCAGGAGUUUGCACUCCAAGCCCCCCUAUACAGAGUACAUCUCCACCCGCUGGUACAGAGCCCCAGAGUGCCUCCUCACAGACGGCUAUUACUCACACAAGAUGGACAUGUGGAGUGUAGGAUGUGUUUUCUACGAAAUCAUCAGGUACCUCUCUCGUCAUUGGCUGUGACCGUAUUCUCAAACUACAUACUGCUUAUGUACUUCCCAUCCUUGCAUACCCAAAAAGCCAACUAAAUAGGAUGUAGUAUUAUAUAAUUUGGUUAUAGCCUCAGUGAUGUAUGUAUUCCUCUACGGUCAAAGCCAGACAUUCAUGAACACAUACUGUCGUGUAAGUAGCCUUGAUGGCAUCACAGAUUAUCAUGUUUUUAUAUUUCAGUCUCAGCCCUCUGUUUCCGGGUACCAACGAGUUGGAUCAGGUGACCAAGAUCCAUGAUGUUUUGGGUACACCUGACAGCGGUCUUCUUCAAAAAUUCAGGCAGUACGUUGCCUUCUUUGGUUGCGUUAUAUACGUUUCUCAUGUAAUGGAGACCAAUGCCUUUACAGUAUGUUCAAUGGAAACCAUUGUCCUUAGUGACAGUGUUGUACAUUAUUGUUGACAGGUCUAGGGCGAUGCGUUUUGACUUCCCUCCACGGAAGGGCAGUGGGCUCUCUCGGCUCAUCCCAAACUGUUCUGCGCCCAGUCUGUCAUUGCUCUACCAGAUGCUGGCCUACGACCCAGAGGAGCGCAUUGGCUCACGAGCGGCACUACAGCACGUCUAUUUUAGAGAGCUACGGUAAGCACACACUGUACUGUAUAGAAAAUACAGACAUACUGUACUGUGCCUUAAAAUUGUAGUGAAAGAUACAGUAUUUCAUUUUUCAUAUGGUAAAUGCUAUCUUCCCUCCUCCUGUCCUCUUGGGUCCUUGUCUCAGGCUGGCAGAGAGGAGAACUGAUAGUCUGCACAGGGCCAUUGGGACUGUGGAGGGAGGAGAGAGCAGUGGGACCCCCAACUCUGUGGAUCACCUGUGGCGCAUGGCCAGACAGGGCAGGAGGCAGGUAAAAAAAAUAGCUCCAAAAGGUUGACUCUACAUCACAUUUUAUGGAUAACAUGUAAUAAUAGGCUACAUACUGGAAAAAUGACAAAAUAUGCCAUAAUUGCGAUGCACUUUGCCCUACUACUAUGUGGAUAGUGUCUCAUGAAGGCCUAAUAUUAUUUUGUUUUGCAGCACAACAUAAAACAUGUUGCAGAGCCUCGGAUCAGACGCAACGCCCCACAUUAUCUAGUGGAAUUACCAAAGCUCAAUGUGGUAGUGCCUGCACCCCAGAUCACCUACCCUGUUACCACAGUGCCAGCUCUUACUAUCACUCACUGUGGGUCCCCCCUACCAGCCAUCACGUCAAAAAAGUGCCACUCGCGGUUGGCUAAGGUAAACACACUCCAUUACGGUGUACAUUUUAGGACAUCCCUACGGCUACUCCCUAUUUUAGGACAUCUCUAAGGCUACUUACUCCCUACGACAAAAGUCCUGUACAAACAUUACUUUAUUGCACAUCAUAUAAAGCAGUGGUCACCAACCGGUCGAUCGCUAUCGACUGGUCGAUCUCCAAGGCAUUCUAAGUCGAUCACCAAACAUUUCUGUAAAAAACUCAAUUUUGAACCAUUUCAUUUGUCUGAAGGUACAAAUUCUGCCAUCCCGGGGGUAGCAAAUCAAGUGCACUAUAGGCCUACCGCUGGCCAAUCGGAUGGCUCAGAUUACCGUGUCUGCAGUAACGUUGCAGGCAUAAAAGAAAGUCCCAUGUGGCUCAGUUGGUAGAGCAUGGCGCUUGCAACGCCAGGGUUGUAGGUUCGAUUCCCAUGGGGGACCAUUAUGUGAAAAAAGUAUGAACAUGUAUGCACUCACUACUGUAAGUCGCUCUGGAUAAGAGCGUCUGUGAAAUGACUAACAUGUCAAUGUAAAAAAUGAAAGCUACAGCAAAAUUGAUACUGUGAGAUUUCUAAACUUUUAAAACCAUGACUAGAGAGAGACUGUCAACGAAUACAGCAGAGCUGCUGUUUUUCUGAGUGAGUUCAUGUUUAAGUUUUUACUCCGCACUGUCAACACUUUGUUCAACACUUUUAUAAGCCAUAAAAUGUGCGUUCUCCCUACUUCCACUCACGCUACAACCAGCACUCCAGCUGCAAUUAAUGAGUAGGAAAGUGUAUCGAUAGGCUUGGGUCGUUUUUUUAAUAUCAAGGAAUAUUUCACUUUCUCUGGUCAUAGGAGUAACAACAUGAAUUUGUGCAUGAGGCAGAAAUAAUGCUGUACGACUCGAGUUUCACCAUCAGCUGGAAGACAGUGUCCCUUUUUGGUCAGUGUCAGCGGAGGAAGAGAGAGCGGAGGGACGUUGAGAGGCGGACCCUCCGUCUUCUGCCCUCUCCCUCCGCUGAGACUGACCAUCAGAUGCAGGCUCCAUCAGCCCAGUAAAAUUUUAAAAAGCAAAGUAUUUAAAUGUAUGCUCACUCAGCUGUGCCUCACAAGUAAUACAACAACUGAUCAAUUACUGGUGUGAUCAUAUAGCCUACCUCAAAUGAUGAAAUAUGUAUAUAUUUUUUCUUUAUGGUCUGAGAAGAACAGCAAUGCGUUGGCAAGUCAAGCAAAGCCAAUAUGCGGUGAUAAUGUUUUGGGCCUAUAGUCUACUGCACAAACCUCAUUACUACAGUACUGUUUUUAAUAGGAUAAUGUUGCAUAGGCUUACGUCAUGUUAAAAAACCCUGGAACAGUAGAUAUCAGCUUGCAUUUUGACACAGAAAGUGAUCUCGACUCAAAAAAGGUUGCUGACCACUGAUAUAAAGGAAGACCACCCUAAUGUCAGAACAUCUGAGGCUGUAAGUAUCAAGCGUCUUAGAAAAUAAGUGCUGAUCUAGGAUCAGGUCCCCCCUGUCCAUGUAAUCUUCUGCAUUAUGAUCUAAAAGGCAACACUUAUCCUAGAUCAGCACUCCUACUCUGAGACCCUUGAUACAUACAGCCUCAUGACUCGCUCAUGUGUUGUUCAUAUUUCUGUUAAUAACCUUUUUUUGUUUGCCUCCUCUUUUCCCAAUAGCCAAGGGAUGAGUCCUACCGCUCUGCUUUCAAGACCUAUUACAUGCCUCCUUUGGACAGGAAACGUGGUGGCUACUGAGAGCCCCAAUUCUUAAGAACUGUUGCUGUUUAACAGAACAUACCUGUAGCUACUGUACAUACUCUAAUCUGCUUUGUUUGAAAUGUUAAGACAAUAUUGUUUGAACAAAGCUAUUCAGCUUCUGCAAAGCCUGCUACUUUCUGGUGAGCAAUGCAAACAGGGUGAAUAUCACAUAGCAAUAAUUACCAGGGUUAAUUUGUACAAGUCAUAAUUCCUGCAGAUGAAAUACAACAUGAUCCCCAAAGUAUAUUUGACUCUGUCAUCAGUGUUCGCCUAAUGAGAGGAUAUUGCCUAUUAACCAUUAAUAACCCAGCCAUUUCCUAACUAAAUUAGGUGUGUCAUGUUAACGGCUGUUGAUAAGUUAGCUCAAAAUGUUGCUAUUGACUAUAAUCGCAUGCAACGCAGAUAUUCAAGGACGAGCUCUGAUAUAUUUAAUCAAGUGAUGAAAGAGUAGGUUUUAGUUAAUUAAUUCAGCACAGUAUAGUGUAUGCUAGUGCUUGAUCGAAUUAGAUUUUGGGAAAUUCACUUUUUUGCUCACAGAGCAUAUCAUCUUUAUAAUAAAAUCAAAGUUGCAGAUUUCCUAGACCACUGUGACUUCCAAAGCAAUAGUCACGUGCAUGACAAUAAUUACAAAAGAAACAAACUCCUUAAACUCUCAGAAUGUGCUUUAGUAUCACCCUUUUUACAAAAGAUCUGUAGAAUAUACUACUGCAUUGCCAAAGGAGUAUAAAAUGUAUAUACUGUAUUUUGAAAACGCAACAUUUUGUAACAAGUUCUGUGAAUGUUUUUCCCUUUUUCAAUGAUGUCAUAUUACAUAAGAUUUUGCAAAGCUGUGACAGACAGUCUAAGUCAUUUUAGACAGAGGCACACUACAUGACCAAAAGUAUGU